AUGUAUUGUCGUGAGUGGGCACAAUACGUCUACAAGAAACACUUUGUUUGGAAUGCAAAGACACAAGAGGACGUUGACAGGGACCAUGCUGCGUAUAUGAAUGCAGGAAAAUACCAAAUCAAAGUUAUACUAGAUGAGUCUGAUCUAUCAGAAGAAGAGAAAGAUCUGUAUGAAAAGGAACACUCGACAGUUUUGAUCAAGCAAUUCGAAGAACUAUUGAAUACGAUCAGUGACCUCAAGACACAAAAGGAAAAAAGCCUUGUUCAAUUGAUUUCGCAAGCAUGUCGACAAUGGAUGACAUUACCUACAGGUCGUUCUGGACUGCCUGAUUUAUUUGAACCUGUCGAAUUCAACUCAUAUCCAGACAACAUUCCACUCGUCGAUGAUGACCAGGAUCCUUCUCAACUCUUGGACCCGCUCAUCAUUGAACGACAGGCUUUGUGUUUACCCUCCGACUGCUUCCACUUGCUCAAGAGCAUGACAGGAGAUAUCAUCAUCUCUCACACAACGCCUACUUGCAACCACAAGAAACCCACGUCAAAGACACCCGCGGACCUUGAAGUCGACCGAACUAUCCUGACAGAACAUGAGCAAGCUGCUGUCAAAAAGGCGCUGGAAGAACUUGCUAUUGCUCUAGACAACGUCUGGAAGCCACUGAACACGUUUUUAGAGCAGCUUGAGACACAAGACAAGGUUCGAUCCAAGUUGUUGGGUGCAGACUGUCAAGAGACGAUCGAUGCGUUUUUUGCCAGUCAAAAGUACGUGCCCUUUGUGGAUGAGUGGACGAACAAUCAGUUGCCGAAUUGGAAGAAGAUCAAGAAACCAUCGGAAGAAGAUGUCAAGAAGCUGGAUAGUUUUGUUCAAGAUCAUUUUCGUCACUUGGGAUCACUCGUCGACCAGUUCUUGUCUGAAUUCGUCACAACUCGGUUCCGUGAUAUUCGCGAGUGGAAUAUCAAUCUCUGGAAGAUGAUUCAUCCCACCAUCAAGGCCAUGGACGAACGUAUCUCCUCCCUUGAGCUUCUUAGAGGGAAACAAUCUUCGACAGACAAGAGUUUACGCGCACUUAACGUAGACUCUCUCAAAAAGAUGGAAAGCACCAAGGAGGUUGAUUCGUCUGAAAAGAGAAUCAUGGCAGAGCUAGAAAAGCGCGUAAGUGAAUAUAAGAAAGACAUUGAGGAACUGAUCAAGUCUUAUUGUGAAUCAUCGCGUCCUACUCUGGCUAGCCGAAUGGACAGAUUGAACAAUAAGGACUUUAAAAAGAAGAUUAAGAAAGUCGAGAGUGGGUACUAUGUCAUUCGUCAGUUCUUCCGUUAUGAAAUCACUGAAAAUGUGUUUCCCGAAUCACUCUUUGGCCGAUUUAUGCUGAUCUGUUUGAAACCGUUGAUGCAGGAAGGUGAAGUCAUGGAGGCAAUGACGAUCGAAAAGGAAGUGCAGCGAUUUAUCGAGUCCCACAAAGAUCUCCUGCAGGAACGCUGUAUCUUGCUCUCUCGUUUUGAGGAAGGUGUACAGACAGGUAGACGAGAAUUAGCUGGUGUGGUUGGUAAAUUGCUGUUGAAGGAAGGCAUGCGUAUUCAAGGUGAAACUGUUGCUCUUCAGCGCCAGAACAAUCUGCUCAAAGUCUUUGGUGUGGAUCCCGUAGAAUCUACCAGUAAAAAGAAGAAGAAUAAAAAGAAAAAGAGUGCUUCUAGCGGUGCGUCGACUCCAUCCUUACAGGAAGAGCCAGCUCCUGCUGACAACAAGGAGUCUCCCAUCAGUGUCAAUGCAGCAGCAACAGCAGCCAAGAAAGCAGUAGAGCCUAAAAAGAAGGCUGGUUCUACUACUGCUACAGAAGAACCCAAGAAGAAGAAAUCAGUUGAAGAACCCAAAAAGAAAGUGGAGCCCAAGAAGCAAGCUUCGUCAGCUGAAGGAAUGAUCAAGAGUGCAGCAGUUGUGGCCGCUUCUGAACCCAAGAACAAAGAGCCUGUAAAGGAGGAAGCCAAGCAACAAAUAUCCCCUAAAGCUGCCAACACGACAACGCAACAGCCACCAGCCUCUCAGCAAGCUGCACCUAAAAUACCCGCUGUUCCUGAAAGCAUCAAGAGGGCUGCUUCCAUUAAGUCUACCAAGCCUGCUGAUCCAGUUAAUCCAAGUACUGACACUCCAAAGAAGGCCCGAAUCUCAUUUGAUCCUAGUAAGGGUGCUGUUCAGGCCAGGGUUAUUGACGACAAGUCACCAGCUAAUCCACCUCGCUCAGACAAGAAGUCUGCGGAGCCCUCUGUUGGUAAUGAAUGGCCAACACUUGAGUCAGAAUCCAAGGGACAAGGUGCUAUUAGUGAACCGGCAAAGGAGAAAAAAGAAGAGGUAUCGAAAAAAGAAAAUGAUGUGCAAGGAUGGGCUGACAUCGUUGCUUCUGUUACAAGUGAUAUAAAGAAAGAAACUUGGAACGGCGCACCAACCAAGGCAGAUGAAAUCAAAGAUGGAGGUUGGGGUAAUGCACCAGCUACAUCAAAUGAAGUUAAAGAUGAAGGCUGGGGCAAUGCGUCUGCUGAACCAGCUGUUGAGCCAGUUACUGCGCCAGAGAUCAAGCAAGAAGCCACUACAACAACCGAGGGUUGGGGCGAUGUUGUUACAGAGAUAUCCAGUGGUUGGGGGGAUGAGCCAAAGGUAGAGACAAAGCCUGUAGAGAUAAACGAUAGCGAGGGUUGGGGAUCGAUCGACACUGUGAAGGCCGACACAAAUGAUUGGAACACCAUUGCUAAAACUGCAGAGACGUGGGGUGAGACUCAAGUGCCUGCUGAAGACAAUUGGAGAGCCACAAAGGAUCGAAGGAGCGGAUGGAAUGAUAAGAACGAAACCCAGACAAAGGGAACGAAUGGAUGGGAUAACACACACAAUAAUACGUGGGAUAGCAUGAAGCAGGACGUUAAGAAAUCUGAACCUGAGUGGCGUCGUAAGGACAAGCCAUCCAGCCAGUCUUGGAGAGAAUUGAAUAACAAUACGGAAACAAAGACCAAGAAGAACGAGGAUAACUUGGACGGCUGGGGACGAAAGAAAGACUGGGAGCCUUCUGGAAACAGUCAAAGAGAUACAAAGGAAGGAUGGAGAUCUUCUCCUACAAGCAAUGACAAGAAAGUCAAAGACGGAUGGUCGUCAUUGAAGGGCACUGGUGAGCCUUUGGGUGGUUGGGGUAACCCUUCAAGUGGUUUUACUGACAACUGGGGCCAGAAAUCUUCUUCACGCGAAGCUACAUUCCAGGACAACAAGUCGACUCCCAAACCUAACUGGAACAAUGCGCAAGUGCCUUGGGAGGCCAGUGGUUCAGCACCCCUUGAUUCAGUGGAGCGACCUAGCACGUUCUCCAGCAAUGACACUGGUUUCUCUGUGACUCCAACUCCCUCUGCUUCUCAAGCCAGUAUGUCUAAGCCUCCUGGAUUGAGCGUGACAACGACAACCAAUGAAGCUUCUAGCCUGAUGUCAACUGGAAACACACCACAAUCGAUCGUUCCCCCUUCCUCUGGUCUACCCGACAUAAAGGAGAUGAAUAAGCCUAUCUUGCCUUUCACACCACCUGGCCAAACGGUGUUUAUGUCGCCUUUAAGCACCGCUGCUGUUCAGUUGCAAGAACCUCUUCCGGCCAACAUUGAUGAUUUUGGCAAAGACAUGUUACUGCUCAUGGUCAAGAACCUUCACCGUGAGAAUAGUACGCUGAUCAGUACAGUCUACUCAUUACAACAAGAUAUGGCCAUGAUGAACCAAAGAUAUGCAGAGAUAUUGGCACUUGCUCGUGAACGCGAAGCUCAAACCGUGCAAUUAUUAGAAACACGCAAACAAACUGAAUUAGAAAAGGCCAAACGAUACUGUAUCUCAUUGGAAUCGCGUGUUAAAGAGUUGGAAGAGAAAGUAAGAGGUGGUUAUCAUGAUCGCACUACUGCUGGAUUCGAAAACCAAGAUUUAUUUGCUGGUUACAGAGAUGAGAUGAAUAGUGGCAGUAAUAAUAAUAGUAGUAACAACCAUAGCUUCCAUCAAAAUCGAGGCCAUAGAAAGAUGUGGUCAAAGGCAACUGUCAUUCGUUGUGGUAAUUGUGGUGAGACAGGCCACAGUAGUGCCGAAUGCAAGGGUUAUUGUAGAUAUUGUGGAAGCUUAGAGCAUUUAUCUGAAGCAUGUCCAAUGAACUAA